ACACGCCGAAGAUGACAAAGCAGCCAGAGUUAUUGCUGGACCCAGACCAAAUGGAGGCCACAGUACUGACCCUCCUUGGCGAGAGGAAUGAAAACAGCCAAGAAGGUACCGACCAAGCCAAGCCGAAGAGACGGGGCAGAAAACGCAAAGAUCCCGGUAUCACCACCGACUCCAGAUCAGACCUAGAACCCAAGCCCGUCAAACGUGGACGGGGAAGACCGAGCAAUGCCUCGGCAGCAGCCGCUGCCGCUGCCGCUGCUGCUGCCGCCGCAGCUGCAGCCUCGACCGACCGUAUUGCUUCGAAUUCCUCCCCGUCGUCUACCGGCAGCUGCAGCGUGGACGAGUGUGGAGUGGUCUGCAACGCUGCCCGUGAACGCUCCCGUGUCAAGACGCUCCGAGAUGCCUUCCUCGACCUGCAGAAAUCUCUGCCCUCCGUUCCUCCAGACACCAAACUCUCUAAACUCGACGUCUUAGUGCUCGCUACGACCUACAUUGCCCAUCUCAUGAAGACAUUAGACGGUGAGGCAGACGUGCCGGAGAUUGGAGCCGUCAGUAGCGUCAUGAGAGCGGGGAGAGAGUCGAGACCUAACGGGGGAGCUGACGGUGAUAUGACGGCACCAAACUCGGAUAGGAAGCACAGACUGAAAGCUGAUGGAUACCUGCACCCAGUUAAGAAAUGGCCGAUGCGCUCGAGACUCUACGCCGGGGCGUUGCUGGGCUGUGUUCCCGCCAACGGAUCGUGAUCUAACGAGCGAUACGAUUGGACGACUCAAGAGUUCUUUCAUUUUUAGAUGUUUUUCCACUGAAGUUUCUGAUUGGCUGGUGAAACAACCAACAUGAGACCGCCCUCAACGAUGACGCAGAUUAACAGACCUUGUUGCUCAUUGCCGGAGAUUUG